ACGCACACAGUCGUUCAGUAUUUUUUAACUAGAAGACGUAGUAUCGCGAGUGAGGGCUUGGUUGGUGUGACCUUGAUACUAGGCAAUCUAAACCUUGUUUACUGUAAUCAAACUGUUCUCUGAUGAUGUCAUGCUCUCAUCCCAUAGGCUGGAGAUUUUGUAAACUGUUUUACUAACAAAGCUUUGAUUAGUGGGUGUCCUUUUGUUAAAAAAUUGUAUGAUAUUCCAGCUGGUGAGGAGGCUUCACUUCAGCCCUGUGUGCCAGGCAGCUGAGUCUUCUCUGCUGGCCAAACUCAGGAAAAAGACUGGAUACACCAUUGCUAAUUGCAAGAAAGCAUUAGAAAUGCACAACAACAACUCUGACAAGGCAGAAGCUUGGCUUAAUGAGCAAGCCCAGGCAAUGGGAUGGGCCAAAGCAACAAAACUGGCUGGCCGCACUGCUCUCCAGGGAUUAGUGGCUGUAAAAUUCAACAAAGAUCAUGGGGCUCUUGUGGAACUCAACUGUGAAACUGACUUUGUGGCCAAAAAUGAAAAAUUCCAGAAAAUGAUUGAAGAUGCAACAAUCGCUUGCUUCAAGUUUGCUCAUACCAACUUGCAAUCGAAAGGUCCAGUCACAAAGAUGGAAUUGGAUAGUGAACAACUUGGUAAUUUGAAUGUGGAAGGCAAAAAGCUGUCAGAAGUCUUAGCUCUAUUUAUCGGGUCUGUUGGAGAAAAUGCUGUGUUGAGAAGAGCUGAGUGCUGGAAGGCUAACAGCAAAGACAUCAAGAUCGCAGGAUACACUCAUCCAGCUCCAGCCGCCGUUGCCGACUAUUCUGCUGGAAAAUAUGGCGCCCUACUUGCUUACAAGCAAUCUGGUGAGACCGAAGAUAUAGGCAGACAGAUCUGCCAACAUAUUGUAGGCUGUGCUCCAAACAAGAUUGGUGCUAAAGAUAAAGACAAGCCAGCCAAGAACUCAGAUGAUGAAAAUUGUCUCAUUUACCAAGAAUAUCUAUUAGAUCCUUCAUACACAGUUGAGGAAGUAUUGCAGCAGCACCAUGUUGAAGUACUUGAUUAUGUGAGAUUCUCAUGUGGGGAAAUUGUUGAAACAAACAUGCCUGGAGUUGAGAAACAGCCAUUGGACACUGUACAAACACUGCAGUGAACAACAAAAAGAUUUUACUACCUACUGAGUUGGAGAUAUGCUGAAUGAAAGUCACAUUAUGUUAUAUUUAUAGAGUUUUUAUUUAAUUUGCAUAAGUAAUAAAGAUUUAGAAUACCAA